UUCGAUACUGGCCGUAUCGACGCUCCAUUACUUCUAGGGACUCUACUUCGAUUGCACAACUGACUGCUGAUCGCGAAAGACUGCGCAACGUCUAUCUAUAGUAUCUAGUCAGUCUAGAGUCCAAGUUAAGUACAAGGUGCGAUUGCUAUAACAUAAUUUCAAAUAACUUGACGAGUCUUCCUCGUAUUUUUGUGAUCAAAAGAGAUUUUAGAAAGAUGCCACGACGUGGACGUGCUGCCGCUCCUCCUCCGAGAACUGUCAGACCGAGUUCACCUGUGGCUGCGCCAGCCCCGUCCCGAGUGCCAGCCCAUGCUCCGCCGGCAUCACCAAUGGUGGCCCAGCCGCAGCAGCCAUCCCUCAUGGGCCAAAUGGCUGCCACUGCUGGUGGUGUCGCCAUUGGACAUACCCUCGGUCAUGCCGUGACCGGACUCUUCAGUGGAGGCAGCGAGGCUGCUACUCCUGCUGCCGCAGAAAUACCACAACCUGCUGCUCAAAACAUCCCUGCGGCACCAGCUGCUGGUGCCUGUUCCUGGGAGGUCAAACAGUUCCUGGAAUGUGCUCAGACUCAUGAUUUGAGCCUCUGCGAAGGCUUCAAUGAAGCACUCCGUCAAUGCAAGAUAGCCAACAAUAUUAUGUAAAUUGAGAUGCGACAAAUCUAGAAAUGUCUAGACGAAAUUAAAGUACAUGCUUUACGAUCUGUAGACCGUUGACGAAAUUUCUGUUUAUUUUUACUGUUGUUACACAUUGUAGAAUAAAAUAGUCCUGGACCAUAAGA